AGAAUGAGGGAGUGUGGAAGAUGAAGAAAUAGCCCUGGGGGCCGGUAGAAAAUGAGGCCGGAGUCCCUGCUGCUUCUGGGACUGCUGCUCGCCCUGCCCAGGAGCCUGGGGGGAAAGGGGUGUCCGUCUCCUUCCUGCGAGUGCCAUCAGGAGGAGGACUUCAGAGUCACCUGCAAGGAUCUCCACCGCAUCCCCAGCUUACCGCCCAGCACGCAGACCCUGAAACUUAUUGAGACUCAUCUGAAAACCAUUCCCAGCCAUGCCUUUUCAAAUCUUCCCAAUGUUUCCAGGAUCUACUUAUCUAUAGAUGCAACUCUGCAGCGGCUGGAAUCAUAUUCCUUCUACAAUUUGAGUAAAAUGACUCACAUAGAAAUUCGGAAUACCAGAAGCUUAACUUACAUAGAUUCUGAUGCCCUCAAAGAGCUCCCCCUCCUAAAGUUCCUUGGCAUUUUCAACACUGGACUUAGAAUAUUCCCUGACCUGACCAAAGUAUAUUCCACUGAUGUGUUCUUUAUACUUGAAAUCACAGACAACCCUUACAUGACCACAAUCCCUGUGAAUGCUUUUCAGGGACUGUGCAAUGAAACCUUGACACUAAAACUGUACAACAAUGGCUUUACUUCGAUUCAAGGACUUGCUUUCAAUGGGACAAAGCUGGAUGCUGUGUAUCUAAACAAGAAUAAGUACUUGACAGUUAUUGACAAAGAUGCCUUUGGAGGAGUACACAGUGGACCAACCUUGCUGGAUGUGUCUUACACCAGUGUCACUGCCCUGCCAUCCAAAGGCCUGGAGCACCUGAAGGAACUGAUAGCAAAGAACACCUGGACUCUUAAGAAACUUCCACUUUCCUUGAGUUUCCUUCACCUCACACGAGCUGACCUUUCUUAUCCAAGCCACUGCUGUGCUUUUAAGAAUCAGAAGAAAAUCAGAGGAAUCCUUGAAUCCUUAAUAUGUAAUGAGAGCAGUAUCCGAAGCUUGCGUCAGAGAAAAUCUGUGAAUGUGUUGAAUGGCCCCUUCUACCAGGAGUAUGAGGAGAAUCUGGGCGACAGCAGUGUUGGGUACAAGGAAAGGUCCAAGUUCCAGGAUGCCAGUGAAAACUCUCAUUAUUAUGUCUUCUUUGAAGAGCAAGAGGAUGAGAUCAUUGGUUUUGGCCAGGAGCUCAAAAACCCCCAGGAAGAGACCCUACAGGCCUUUGACAGCCAUUAUGACUACAUCGUUUGUGGGGACAGUGAAGACAUGGUGUGUACCCCCAAGUCAGACGAGUUCAACCCCUGCGAAGACAUAAUGGGCUAUAAGUUCCUGAGAAUUGUGGUGUGGUUUGUGAGUCUGCUGGCUCUGCUGGGCAAUGUCUUUGUCAUGGUUAUCCUCCUCACCAGCCACUACAAACUGACUGUCCCACGCUUCCUCAUGUGCAACCUGGCCUUUGCAGAUUUCUGCAUGGGCAUAUACCUGAUCCUCAUCGCCUCUGUAGACCUGUACACGCACUCUGAGUACUACAACCAUGCUAUUGACUGGCAGACAGGCCCUGGGUGCAACACAGCUGGCUUCUUCACAGUCUUUGCCAGCGAGUUGUCCGUGUACACACUGACAGUCAUCACCCUGGAGCGCUGGUACGCCAUCACCUUCGCCAUGCGCCUGGACCGGAAGAUCCGCCUCUGGCACGCAUAUGCUGUGAUGAGUGGAGGCUGGGUCAGCUGUUUCCUCCUCGCUCUGCUCCCUUUGGUAGGAAUAAGUAGCUAUGCCAAGGUCAGCAUCUGCCUGCCCAUGGACACCGAGACCCCUCUUGCCCUGGCAUACAUUGUCUUUGUUCUGUUGCUCAACAUAGUGGCCUUUGUCAUCGUCUGCUCCUGUUAUGUAAAGAUCUACUUCACGGUCCGAAACCCCCAGUACAACCCAGGAGAGAAAGAUACCAAAAUUGCCAAAAGGAUGGCCGUGCUCAUCUUCACUGACUUCAUGUGCAUGGCCCCAAUCUCGUUCUUCACUCUGUCAGCACUUAUGAACAAGCCUCUCAUCACCGUUACCAACUCCAAAAUCUUGCUGGUUCUCUUCUACCCACUUAACUCCUGUGCCAACCCAUUCCUCUAUGCCAUUUUCACCAAGGCCUUCCAGAGGGAUGUAUUCAUCCUACUCAGCAAGUUUGGUAUCUGUAAACGCCAGGCUCAGGCAUACCGGGGCCAGAGAGUUUCUCUAAAGAACAGCACAGGUAUUCAGGUUCAAAAGGUCACCCAGGACAUGAGGCAGAGUCUCCCCAACAUGCAAGAUGUCUAUGAACUACUUGAAAAGUCCCAUAUAACCUCAAAUAAGCGGGGCCAAAUCUCAGAGGAGUAUAAGCAAACAGUUUUAUAAGUUGACCCUAUACUCCUCACAAUGGUAGGAGGACUUAUGGAUAGUUUCUUGAACACAUGUUCUGAUUCCAUGAUACACCUAACACACAGCUGCCCUAACCCUCAUGCAGGUAAUGUUUCAUGGGGCAAGAAUUUAUCUCUAGAGAGUGACUAGCAUUAACUUAAUCAUUGCCUCCAAGGAGGAAGAGAAGCUACCAGCAUAUCUGAAUCCCAGGUGAUACCGUAAUGUAGUAGGACCUCUGUAAGUUGAUCACCCAGGAGACUGUAACAAACUGGCCAAUACGUGGAGGUGGUCAACAUAAGGAAGUAGGCCUGCUGUACUGACACGGAUACGUGGUACACGUUCAGUCUAUGAAAAUUAGGUCAUUAUAGGGAGGUGGUCAGCUGUGGGGGUUCUACUGUACUCUCUGGAAGACUUGCUGGAUGCUAAGUUCAGAAGUGACAUUGUAUAAGAUCCUCAGCAAAUAUCAACUGAACUGUGUCAACAUGGAGCUUCUCACUCUUAUAGAGCGCUUCCUACUAAAGAUUUAGCAAACAGCAAAUGCUAUUAAUUUGGCUGGUGACCACAACAUAAAAUCAGCCCCUCAGCCCUGUUGACUCAGUUCAACUUGAUGUCCCCUAAUGCAACCAAAGAGAGUUUGAGGUCCUUAAAACGAGAAAGCUGAACACAGCUAGAGGUCACCCAAGGAGACUAUUAUGGGACAUGAAGGAGGAGAAAGGUUUAGUUCUGAGUAGCAUUUUUCAGACUCUGAAACUAUUAAUCAUCUCUUCACACGAAUCUACCCAAUGUGACCUAGCUUUUAUGUGUUGCCCGGAAAAAUUUCCCCUUAUGUGGCCUAGAAAACUAAACGUUGCUCUCCUUGGCAUAAAGAUGUGAACUCUAAAUAGUAUUUCUAAUUGUACAAUAGUAUUUCUAAGCAACAAGUGGGAAUUAUGGGGAGAGAACAUUUAAUCACCUAUUGAUUAAUACAACAGGGUGAACAUCAGUUAACUUUGGAACUUUGGAAAUCACUGAGCCUGAAAAAGCUAUAGAAAUAAAGGAGGAUCAAUGGUCUCCUCCAAUUUUAAAACUGUAGAUAUAUCCUUUGCCUCAAAACAUACCUCUAUGAGAAAGAGAAGAAUACUAAGUGGAAUCUGGUUUCCUCCUCUGUAGUGCUGCCGUCUCCUCUUUGGAUCUUAGACCCAAGAAAUUUUUCCUUUGUUUCAUUUUUUGGCUCUAAUGUCGGAAUCAAAAAAUCCUAUUGAGUGACCAUAUUGUGUUGGAUCUGAAUCACUCAUCUAAUUACUAUGUCUACGCAGCUAAAACAGGCCAAAACCAAAUCAGUAUCUAUACAAUACAUGACAGUUGUACAAGUUUUGGUUAUGUAAAGUUACUAGUUCAUCCUCAACUUCAGCACGAUACAAUUCAUCCAUGUAACAAAAAAAAUCACUUGUACUGCCUAAGUCUAUUGAAAUAAAAAAUGUGGAACACUUAAAAAAGUUACUACUUUAAGAGCCACUUCAAAACAUUUCACUUUCUUCAGGGAUUGAUUUCUUUAGGUAGCCAUUUCCCACCCACCAUAUGAUACUAAACCUAUCAGGAAACUUUUCUCUUCUGAAGCUGCCAGCUCCUUUCGCCCCUAUUGAUCUCUGGCCAUAAAACACGUAUUCUGCAACAGUACAUCCUUCCUUGAAAUAGAACGUUUAUCUACAAAUGUACUCUCCAGGUUACCUGUCACAACAGCCCCUUAAUUUCCUGCUAGAAAAGAGCUGCCAAGCAGAGAUGACAUUGGCUACACACCAUGAAACAAAGCCCUCUGUUGUUUUAAGUCUGUUGGGGGGGGGGGGUUAAUGGGUCCCUAGAGACGACUCCCACCGGACUCACCAGGACUCUCCCCACAUCUGCUCCCAUUCUUGAUGAUCACUGAGACUUGGGUAUCUUAAUAGAAAUAUUACAAACACCUAAAAUCCCGACUUACCUAGAAAUCCACUUGUGACUAAUGAAAUUGAACAAAUGUGUUACCAUUUGCCAUGUGUUUCUCUCCUAUAACAUUUUGAAAUAUAUCUUGUCAAAUGUGUUCUACAUUAAUAGCUGAACUAAUGUUUUGGAAACAGUCCUACAAAUGUGAC